CGAAAAGUCGUAUGUGAGUAGAGUAACCAAGAUGCAAUCCGCCCCACCAAAAACGAUGCGCGCGGUAAUUUGCACCGCUACCGGACCAGCUUCCAUCAUGGAGAUUCAAGACGUACCGCUGCCGACACCGCAGCCAAGCCAAGUGCUGAUCAGGGUUUUAGGGUUCGGCAUAAACCGAGCUGAAAUGUUCACGCGCCAAGGUCACUCGCCGGGCGUAGAAUUCCCUAGAAUUAUCGGGAUCGAAUGCGUCGGAGUAGUUGCGGGAUACCCCACAGCGGAAACUGCUGAGUCCAACCCCCCGAGGCAUGCCAUCGGAACCCGCGUAGCCACUUGUAUGGGUGGCCUCGGCCGGCAGAUCCCGGGCUCUUAUGCCGAAUACACGUGCGUUUCCGAGGCUAACGUCCGCCCCAUUCCGGAGACCAAUCUUUCUGUCGGUACUUUAGCCGCGUUGCCAGAGAUGCUUCAGACUACCUGGGGCUCCUUAGUCGCCGGCUUGGACCUGAAACAGGGCGAAAGUCUACUCGUCCGGGGGGCCACCAGCUCGAUCGGGCUUUGUGCCCUGCAGCUAGCUCGCAAGAUCGGUGCGAUCCGUAUCGGAGCAACGUCUCGAGAUGCGGAACGCGGAGAACUGUUACGCCAGAACGGUGCUACCGAAUUUUUCGUCGACGACGGCAAUAUCGCGAGAGAGGUAUCCCGUAAUGCUGAGGGUGGUUUUGACAAAAUUCUUGAACUAACUGGCACGACUACCCUCCGAGACUCUAUCAAGUGCGCGGUUCCAAAAGGGACUGUGUGCAUGACGGGACUCCAAGGCGGCGAAUGGGAGAUGGAGAAGUUUACCCCGAUGGGUGACCUACCUAAUCGUGUACGACUGUGCGCCUACGGAGGCGGUCCGGAUGAUUUUAUGGCCUUGCCGUGGGAAGAAUUAAUCCAUGAUAUCGAGACCGGAAAGCUGAGGAUUCCGAUGAGAGAAUUCAAACUCGAAGAUAUACGCGCAGUUCAUGAGAUACUCGAAUCAGGUGGGGGCGGCGCGAAAAUGGUGGUUGUCGUAAGCGACGAAUGAGACCGAGAGAUAGGUACCUAGGUAUGUAACAUCGAAGGUUCAAUGGUGUUAUCUAAGAAGUAUUAAGGGCGGUUCGAUGGAUUGGCUAAUUGUAUCCUGACGUCAUUCAACGUACAUUAGAAGC